AUGUUACUUGGUCGGUAGCAUUGCUCCAUGGCGCCAUUGAGGAAUUCUCUACGCCAUAUACCCCAAUAAGACAUUAAAAUUUAAGAGUCAUUUGAACUUAAAAAAAUUCAAACAAAUCUUUAAGAAAGCAAUGUUAACCAGAAUGCCGCGAACACAAUAUUUAUAAACCAGAAUCGGGGGCAAUUUGAAUCAGGACAACAGACGUGUCCAGAGACUUCUCAAUGAAUGAAUGUUUAUAUAAUUGGUCUGACACAGAAAAUUGAAUAGCAAUUGUCGACAUUGUCGCUGAAGGACACCUUCCCUUGUUUCUGGAAUGCUUUUUUUACUUCAUUGAGCUCGUCAAAAGCCCUGGCAAAUUGGGGAGAGAUCCUUGGACGAGCCAUCUUGAGCACCUCGAAGCAGACGGUCUUGAGCUUGCCGUGUGUUUCCUCAGAGGGGUCUUGGUAGACAGCCGUCUGGUAGCCGCCGGUGAAAUCGGUGCUGGGCAUAUAGGCGCCCGAUGUUUCAGGCGGAGAAGAGGCUUAAUGCAAUAACUGGCCAAACGAGAAAAAAUAAAGCUUAACUGAUACGAAAACAAUUAAACCAGUAUCUUGAAUUUACCAUUCUGAUUUGAGUAUCGAAGAUUUUCAAGUUCACUGUAAUAUGAAGGGCACCACCAUGGCGUCUGUGGGAUCAAACACACCUCGAGAUGAUGUGAGUCUGGUGAUGGUGCUGAUGGAUACGAAUCCCUUCUUUUGGGCUGGCCAAUCACCACCCCUCACCUUUACCCUAUUUUUGCAGCAUGUACUUGCAUUUUUCAAUUCCAUUCUUUUGCUCCAUCAAAUGAAUCAAUUGGUGGUGAUUUGCACUGGUAUGAAUUCAUGUGAACUUAUUUAUGACUCAUCUAACACUGAGUACAAGAAGAACAAAGGAAUCAAAGGACCACAGGAAAAUGUGAUUCCUUCAACAAUAAUAGUGCAACAACUGGAGGAUUUCAUGACAAGGGAUCAAGCCUUGUGUAAAGACAACAAUGCUGCAAUGAACAGUCACUCUCUAUUAUCGGGAUCCCUAUCAAUGGCUUUGUGUUAUAUUCAAAGAAUUCUUCGAGGCGGUCCAUCUCAUCCCCAACCAAGGAUAUUAUGUUUGCAGGGAUCACCAGAUGGACCACAACAAUAUGUUGCUGUGAUGAAUGCCAUUUUCUCUGCUCAACGCUCUAUGGUUCCCAUUGAUUCAUGCAUUGUGGGGAAUCAACACUCUCCCUUCUUGCAGCAGGCUUCACACAUAACUGGAGGCAUUUAUUUAAAGCCACAACAGCCAGAAGGGUUGUUCCAGUUUCUUGCUAUGGUAUAUGCAACGGAUUUGCAUUCUCGUAGAUUUCUUCAACUUCCCAGACCAACAGGAGUUGACUUUCGUGCUUCGUGUUUUUGCCACAAGAAGACCAUUGAUAUGGGAUAUGUUUGCUCAGUUUGCCUCUCUAUCUUCUGUGGACCCUCCAAAAAGUGUUCUACAUGCGAGUCAACCUUUAAUCAAAAGCCUUUAUCAAGUGAAAAAAAGAAGUAAUUAUGGAGUUGGUUACUUUCUGGGGAACAUCGAGGUGGUUCUCAACUUGUUCUCUCUCAAGCAUAAGCUGUUUAUGUUGUUAAUGUCCUUCAAGCAUGCCUUAAUUAUGAUGUCUAUAAUUAUUCAUGAUUUUAAUUGUGGUACCAUCAUGUACGAGUCCAAUUGUCAUUGAUUUUUGGCAAUUUUGAACACGAGAAUGUAUCUUUGUUUAAUAGCUCCACUAAAGUAUUUUUACUAUUUCUAAAAAAUGAUUUUGUUGCUUGGAGGGUCAAUUUUGUAUAGAUGGACAAAUAGAUAAGGUUCUUAUGGAAAAUUGUUGAAGUCAGAAAUUUUUCUUAAAGCUUACAAAUGCAAUAUUUUCAUUUUCUAUGUAAUGAAUAUUUUUUCAUUUUCUA